GUCGGUUUCAUCAAGCUUGGAUAUUUACAAAUGGAUCACCCAGUGACAGGUUUAGUGAUUUCUGAUCAUGAAACUGAGAAAACCGAUACACUCUUUGUUAACGAGUACAUCGAGUGGCACCGUUGCAACGACAUGCGGCCUGAACGCCCGAAUAAGAAACGGGAUAAGUUAUCAGUUUUGAGAAUGACAGAAGCAACAUCUCGGUUGAACGUUUUUGUGUCACCUCGAUAUUUUUUUAGCGAUAGUUUUAUCUAUCUAUUUAUCAUCCUCCCAUAUUCCGGGACUUCAAACCAGGUGAUGUCGGCUGAUGGUGGUGCAGAAAUCGGUCGAAUCACGAAACAAUGGAGUAACCUCUUGCAAGAAAUGUUUACCGACGCGGACAAUUUUGGUGUUUCCUUCCCCCUGGAUUUAGAUGUUAGAGUGAAAGCCACUCUGAUUGGUGCAGUUUUCCUCAUUGUAAGUUUCGAAAAUCACCGUCGCAGACAUGAUGAUUGA